CCGCAGUCGCAGCCUCUCCCGGCGGGCGGCGGCAGCGCAGCUCCAGACCCAGCUCCGCGCCCGCAUCCGCGCAGCCGCCCGAGCAGGCGAGUACCCGCGGGGGCAGCCGCCCCCGCGCCGGCAGGGAGCAAACUACUGCACUGCCGUCCCCUUGUGAGUGGGACUGGGAACACAGCCGCACAUCAAGCCCAAAGCAUUUCACAGGAAAUAGACAGAAACUGUCCAAAAUCGACAUUACUCACAAGGCCCCAGGCAUGGAAGAGCUGAUAUGGGAACAGUACACUGUGACCUUACAAAAGGAUUCAAAACGAGGAUUUGGGAUUGCAGUUUCUGGUGGCAGAGAUAACCCUCAUUUUGAAAAUGGUGAAACAUCUAUAGUGAUUUCAGAUGUACUCCCAGGUGGUCCAGCAGAUGGAUUGCUUCAAGAAAAUGACCGGGUGGUCAUUGUUAAUGGGACCCCAAUGGAAAAUGUUCCACAUUCUUUCGCAGUGCAACAGCUUAGGAAAAGUGGAAAAGUGGCCACCAUUGUAGUGAAAAGACCACGCAAAGUCCAGGCUGCUGUUUUGAGGAGAAGCCCUUCCCUUGACUAUGAGGAUAGAGCUUUAGAUGUAAUGGAUGACCGUGCAGAGUUUGAUGGCAGAAGUGCUCGAAGUGGCUACAGCGAGAGAAGCUGGCACAGUGGUAAUGGAGGGCGCAGCCAAAGCUGGGGAAACAACCUUGAUCAGAGCUAUAGAGGUGAUCAGGACAGAGGGCGCAACCGAAGCAGAGAUCGUAGUAGAGAAUGCAGCUACAGCCGAGAUCGAAGUCGUGGCAGGAGCAUUGACAGAAGCUUGGACCAAGAGUACAGAAGAGAUCAAAGCAGAGGCAGGAGCAUCGACAGGGAUGGUGGCUAUGAACGGGACUACCGAGGAGACUACAGCCCACCUCGUUAUGGUCAUGGAUUUCAAACUGAUCCUAGAUACGGAAGGGAAGUGAGGAGCCGAAGUCGGGACAGGCUUUAUUCCCGAAGCCCUUCACCUGAAACACGGCACCAGCAUGAGUACCUAGGACCACAGGAUCAGGAGGGACCAAUCAGUGUUCUGUUAACAAAAGGCAAACAUAAUGAAGAAUAUGGUCUGCGGCUUGGAAGUCAGAUCUUCAUAAAAGAAAUGACCGGUACUGGACUAGCAACCAAAGAUGGCAACCUUCAUGAGGGGGAUAUCAUUCUCAAGAUCAACGGUACAGUGACAGAAAAUAUGUCGUUAGCUGAUGCCCGAAAAUUGAUUGAGAAGUCACGGGGGAAACUCCAGCUGGUUGUCCUUAGGGACAGGAAGCAGACACUGCUCAACAUUCCUUCGCUGAACGACAGUGACUCAGAAAUGGAUGAUAUUUCUGAAAUAGAGUCAAACCGAUCAUUCUCCCCUCAAGAUGACAGAUUACAUCACUCUGAUCUGGAUUCACAUUCAUCCAAUGAAAAACUAAAAGAGAAGCCAAGUGCAAAAGAUGAUCCAUCCAAUAGGAUGUCCAGAAUGGGAGCAAUGCCUACACCAUUUAAAUCAACCAGUGACAUAGCUACUAAUGCUGUCACAGUUGCAGAUGCAAACAAAGAACCAAAAUACCAAGAUGAUGCAGCAGUGUCUCAACCAAAAGCAGCUGCAAGAACAAUUCUUAAACCCAGUCCUGAAGAUGAAGCAAUAUAUGGUCCUAAUACAAAGAUGGUGAAAUUCAAGAAAGGGGACAGCGUAGGUCUACGAUUGGCUGGUGGAAAUGAUGUGGGGAUAUUUAUUGCUGGAAUUCAAGAAGGCACUUCAGCUGAUGAGGAAGGACUGCAGGAAGGAGACCAGAUUCUUAAGGUAAACACUCAAGACUUCAGAGGCAUUGUUCGAGAAGACGCUGUUUUGUACCUAUUAGAAAUUCCCAAAGGUGAAACAGUGACCAUAUUGGCUCAGAGCAAAUACGAAGUCUACAGAGACAUCAUGGCCUGUGGCAGAGGAGAUUCAUUCUUCAUCAGGAGCCACUUUGAGUGUGAAAAAGAGUCACCACAGAGCUUAGCAUUUACCAGAGGGGAGAUUUUUAGAGUAGUUGAUACACUGUAUGAUGGCAAACUGGGAAACUGGCUGGCAGUGAGAAUUGGAAAUGAACUAGAAAAAGGCCUCAUUCCAAAUAAGAGCAGAGCUGAGCAGAUGGCUAGUGUUCAAAAUGCCCAGAAGGAUGGCUCAAGUGACAGGGCAGACUUUUGGAGAACACGUGGCCAGAGAUCUGGAGUGAAGAAGAACCUUAGGAAGAGUCGUGAAGAUCUGACAGCUAUUGCAUCUGUGAGCACAAAAUUUCCAGCUUAUGAGAGAGUUCAGUUGCGCGAGGCUGGUUUUAAGAGACCUGUGGUGAUAUUUGGCCCUAUUGCAGAUGUAGCUAUGGAGAAGUUGUCAAAUGACUUGCCUCAUCUGUACCAGACUGCAAAGACAGAACCCAGAGAUGCAGGUUCAGAGAAGUCAACUGGGGUAGUGCGCUUGAACACUGUGAGGCAAAUAAUUGAGCAGGAUAAACAUGCUCUGUUGGAUGUGACUCCUAAAGCAGUGGAUCUGCUAAAUUAUACUCAGUGGUUUCCAAUUGUAGUCUUCUUUAACCCAGACAGUAAGCAGGGUGUGAAAACCAUGAGACAAAGGCUAUGUUCCACAUCUAACAAGAGCUCAAGAAAGCUUUAUGAGCAAGCAAACAAGUUGAAGAAAACUUGCUCCCACCUCUUUACAGCCACCAUCAAUUUGAAUUCAGCCAAUGAUAGCUGGUAUGGUAGUCUAAAAGAUACAAUUCAGCAACAGCAAGGUGAAGCAGUAUGGGUAUCAGAAGGAAAGAUGGAUGGUAUGGAAGAUGAUGCUGACGAUCGCAUGUCUUACCUUACUGCAAUGGGUGCUGACUAUUUGAGUUGUGACAGCAGGCUGAUCAGUGACUUAGAAGAUACAGAUGGAGAAGGAGGUGCAUACACUGACAAUGAACUUGAUGAGCCUUUGGAUGAACCAAGGAUUUCAUCUGUUAGCCGAUCCUCUGAGCCUGUGCAUCAUGAGGAGAGUUUAAAGAAAUCUAACCCAGAACCAAAAGCUCAGAUGAAAAAGGCUGGUAGCAGGGAGAUCCUUAGAGAACCUAGUCCACCCCCAGCAUUCAAGCCUGAACCACCUAAGGGGAAGUUACAAAGCAAAGAGGAUCUAUAUGAUUUUCCCAAGAGCUAUGAUUCCAAACCAAGUAGCAUCGCUGUUGGCAGUGAGGCUUCAGCUGUGUCAACUAAACCAGUACCACCGCCUGUUUCUAUGAAACCUGUCUUUGGGCGUCCUGUCAUGAGAAACUCUCAACCAGCAGUCCCACCCACAGAGGAAGAGGAGGAAAAGUUGGAAGAGGAAGGAAGUGAACAAGAGAACACUCCAAAAUCUGUACUGAGAAAAGUCAAAAUAUUUGAGGAGAUGGAUCAUAAGGCAAGGAUGCAAAGAAUGCAAGAGUUACAAGAGGCCCAGAAUGCCAGGCUUGAAAUAGCCCAGAAGCACCCGGAUAUUUACGCUGUCCCUGUCAAAACACAGAAGUCAGAUCAGAACUGGCCCCAGCCCAUGAGCUCCAGACCUCCAGAACCCCAGAAACCUCCUACUAGACCUUACCUAGAGAAACAAGGCAGUUACGGUAGUGACGCAGAGGACGAGGAAGAGUACCGUCGGCAGCUAUCAGACCACUCCAAGAAGGGGUACUAUGGACAGCCGUCCAGAUACAGAGACACAGAAUUGUAGGCUUGCUAAUAUGUGCAUAUAUAAUGCUGUUUUGAGAUUCUCUUCCUUCACAGCUGAAGUGGAGCACAGGUUAAUUUUGAAAAGCAGUAUCUUUGCUGGGGAUAAUUAGAGGGUGAUCUACCCAACUUAGACAUAUCCAUGCGCUGGAACUGGAAGAGUUCAUUUUUGGGGAUAUUAUUUUGUGAGCAUCUAGGAAUAGAAAUCACUAUUGCCUGAAUGCAAUUGCCUAUUUUAAAAGGACCAAAACCUAUUUCAAAGUGUGUGUUAAUUCUUGAUAUUUUCGUAUUUUAAUGCAAAACCCUUUUCUUAAUGUUAUAAUACUGCCUUUUUGGACUGUUUUAUGAAAGCAUGAUCCAAGAGAUAUGCUUUUCAAUGCAAGAGAGUUAAAUUUGAAGGAGUAUCUGGAGAACAGUAAGUGCCUUUAGUAAAAAGCAUCAUAGAUUGUUUGUUUUGACAUCUGUUGUUUGUGCAAAGCCAUAACACACUAAAGAGUGAUUGACUCUUUUACCUAACUUCUGAUCAGUUUUAUGGCAACAAUUUUCCUUUCCUGUUGUUUUUGUAAGUUCAUAGAUCCAUAUGCAAUAUUUCAUAAAUACUGACUGUACAUAAUAAAGGUGCACUUCAGUGAGUUGGAGAGACCAGGAUGUGCUGAAACUAAGAAAAUGAUGUUGAAAUUCAAUCAUAUAUUAAAAUUUACACAGACUGCAAAAUAAUAAAGAAUAUAUUCUAGACAAA